AUGCAACUGCCCUGGAUUGCCCCAAAUAUUGGAUCUCGACCUCUGGCCCUCCUCGGUGCCGGAGUUCUAGGUCGUCGAAUCGCCUGCGUCUUCGCAGCGGCCGGAUACAAUGUUCAACUGCGAGAUCCAUCAGCCGAUGCAAGACAAGCGGCCCUUGAUUAUGUGGCGGAAAACAUCAAGUCUUAUUCAAAAUAUGCAAAGGGCAAUCGUGUUUUCGGCCAGUGCCAAGCAUUCCCCGACCUCGAGAGUACGGUACACAACGCAUGGCUGGUGAUCGAGGCAGUCCCGGAGAAUCUACAAAUCAAAAUCGACACAAUGGGUGAACUCGACAAGUUCACUCCACCAGAUUGCAUCCUUGCCUCCAACUCCUCCUCCUUCAAGUCCCGUUUCAUGCUGGAGAAAGUUAGCGCCCAGCGUCGCCAGUUGAUCUGCAAUAUGCACUUCUUCAUGCCACCCGAACUUCGCUGUGUGGAGCUCAUGACAGACGGUGAAACCAAUCCCGAGGUAUUCCCGUAUUUGACGAAAAUUCUUGAUGAUGCUGGCAUGGUUUCGGUGACUGCACGAAAGGAAUCCACAGGAUUCGUUUUCAAUCGCUUGUGGGCCGCGGUCAAGCGUGAGAUCAUGACAAUCCUGGCUGAAGAGGUCUCGGAGCCCAAAGAAAUCGACAAGAUCUGGCAGGAAAUGUUGCACAGUGAAAUUGGACCUUGCGCAAUGAUGGAUCAGGUCGGCCUUGAUACAGUGGCGUAUAUUGAAGACAACUAUAUCAACGAGCGCCAGCUGAACCCCCUGGUGACUGUUGACUGGCUGCGCAAAAAUUACAUCGAGCAAGGCAAAUUGGGCAACAAGAGCGACAAAGGUGGCCUAUAUCCUCCAUCCACCGCCAAAGCCACUCGGACCAAUGGCCAGACUCUAAAGCUUCCCAUAGCCUAUUUCCUAGAUGCUGGACUAGGCUUCAAUGUCCAGGACCUUGCACUAGUCGGCCAGUGUGGUCAAAUUUUACGCCGAACAGGCGAUGGCCGGUGCAUGACAGUUGUCUCUGGAUUGAAAUGCCCCGAUGGCAUUGAUUUCUCACCCUCCACAGAGCGCAUGUUUUGGACCAACAUGGGUCUUAAACCAUCCACGAACGAUGGCUCCGUAAUGUCAGCGUGCCUUGAUGGGGCCGAUGUGCAGACCGUGCUUCCCGAAGGCGCAGUCCAUACUCCAAAGCAGCUGGUCGUUGAUGAGACCAACCACAAACUGUAUUUCUGCGAUCGUGAGGGCCUGAGUGUUCAUCGCUGCGAUUUUGAUGGCCAGAACCACGAGGCCGAUUCCACGCGAUGGUGCGUUGGCAUCGCCGUGGAUCCAAAACGCGGGAAGUUCUAUUGGACCCAGAAGGGACCGUCCAAGGGAAGCCAGGGUCGAAUUUUCCGGGCUAACAUCGACAUGCCUGUGGGGCAAACGGUGUCUAACCGGACGGACAUCGAAACCCUGUUUGAGGGCUUACCCGAACCGAUCGACCUCGAGAUCGAUUUGCAGAUGGAGACUCUCUACUGGACCGACCGCGGAGAGCAUCCUAUUGGCAACACCUUGAACCGGGCGUCUGUGGGGGAGAAGAAGUCUCAGGUGCUGAUUUUGGCCCGGCAUUUCCAUGAACUGAUUGGGAUGAAGAUCGAUUGGGACAACCAGCACAUUUACCUGACCGAUCUUGGAGGAUCUGUGUAUCGGGUCAAUCUAGAUGGAAGCAACAAGACUGUCCUCCAUAACGAUGGGGGUUCUUAUACGGGAAUCACUCUAGUCUGA